UUGGUUGAAUAUCGGCACGGGUUUCAUUUAUCUAAGACGUGCUGUAAACGUUGUUGGAGCUAGCGUUGCUACAAACUGAAAAUGAGUGUUCGUAAGCAGACACCCAGUGACUUCCUGAAGCAGAUCAUUGGAAGGCCAGUGGUGGUGAAACUCAAUUCUGGAGUAGAUUACAGAGGUGUUCUGGCUUGCCUGGAUGGCUACAUGAACAUUGCUGUGGAGCAGACGGAGGAGUACGUCAACGGCCAGUUGAAGAAUAAGUAUGGAGAUGCAUUUCUCAGAGGAAACAAUGUGUUAUACAUCAGCACCCAGAAGAGGAAAAUGUGACGUGUUGAUUAAAGUGCCAGUUGUGCUGUUUUAGUUUUCUACUUUUAGUUAAAUGCUAAUACAUUUGUGGCUUUUUUUGGGUUGUUUUUGUAAAUGAAAGUGUUGCUCUUGAAAUGAGAUGCAAUAAAUCCUAAUUUUUCAAACUUA